UUGAGUUGGAUUUUUCGCGAGACCUGUGUCGGCGUACAAACAUGUCGGCGUUCAAGAGAAAACGUGGAGGACAGGCUCCUGUUAAUAAAAAGGCAAAAAAAGUAAAAUUUGUCGCAGAUGGAGGCGAAGCACCGGCAGAAGCCGAACAAGAGAAGAAAAAUGAAGUCACGAUUCCAGCACCGGUUUCUUUGGGUAAGUGGACCAACAAGGAAAGGGUUCUCAUUUUCUCCUCAAGAGGCAUCAACUUCAGAACCAGACACUUGAUGCAAGACCUGAGGACCAUGAUGCCUCAUGCAAAAGCAGAUACAAAAAUGGACAGGAAGGACAAGUUGUUUGUUAUUAAUGAGGUGUGUGAAAUCAAAAACUGCAACAAGUGCCUCUUUUUUGAGGCCAAGAAGAAGCAGGACCUCUACAUGUGGGUUUCAAACAGCCCUCAUGGACCUUCUGCAAAGUUUCUGGUUCAAAACAUUCACACACUGGCUGAGCUCAAGAUGACAGGAAACUGCCUCAAAGGAUCCAGGCCGCUGCUCUCGUUCGAUCCUAAAUUUGACACAGAACCACACUUAGCUUUACUGAAGGAGCUCUUCACCCAGACAUUUUCCACCCCACGCUACCACCCCAAGAGUCAGCCUUUUGUGGACCACGUCUUCACAUUCACCAUUGCAGACAACAGGAUAUGGUUUAGAAAUUACCAGAUCAUCGAGGAGGAUGCAGCUCUAGUGGAGAUCGGCCCUCGCUUUGUUCUCAACCUCAUCAAGAUCUUCCAAGGGAGCUUUGGAGGGCCUACGCUGUUUGAAAACCCCGGGUUCAAGUCCCCUAACAUGCACCGGAGAGAGAUCCGACUGGCUGCAGCAGCCAAAGUGCGUGAGAAGCAGAUGGUGAAGGAGAUGCAGAAAAUGAAGAGGGCCGAAGCGAAGGAGGACGUGACCAAAGACGUUACGGCUGACGUCUUUGUAACACCAGCUGAGGAGAAGCCUGUUCACAUCCAGACAGAAGCACCAGCGCCAAAGGUGGCGAAGAAAAACAAACACAAAGCUUUCAAAAGACAAAGGAUGGCGCGUAGGUAACCAGAUGGACUCAAUUACAGAGUAAAUAGCUCACUGCUGCCAUGAUUUAAUAUUGUCUCAAGAAAAUGUGGUAAUGCAACAGUGCAGUCAGGUCUUAAGUCCACUAUUGUGAGCUUUUUGUUAAGACUGUGUGCAGAUUGUCAAUCAAUUAUCACAUUUAACAGAAUUAGAGAUAAUCUUAAAUCUGCACGUUGUUUUCAGUGUCUGUUGCCAUAAUCUGUGGAUUCACACAAUAUGUAUUUUCCUCCCUCACUCACGAGGACUGUGCAGAUUGUAGCUGGUCAUUAAGGUCUCAGCUUUUACAACACUGCAAACGAUAUUUGCCCAUCCAUUUUGAUAAAAGUAAACAUUCUGUCAGUGUAAAAAAAACGUGUUUAUUAAGUUGACUACAGUUGUUUUCUAUGUCAUGAAAAUAAAACAAUGUAAACUUA